UGAAGGGAAGAUGACUUUCUUCGAUGGCAUUUACCCGUUUUACUCUCUACAAAGGAGUCCGUUCAUCGUCGACAUCAGCCUGCUGGUCGUGAUCCUGGUUUUCUCGGUUCUGGCUGUCAGUUUCCUCUUCAUUCUACCGGGAAUACGUGGUAAAUCGAGACUGUUCUGGACGUUCAGGAUAAUCAUUAGUUUAUUUAUUGGAGCUGUUUUAGUAGUGUUGAAUUUUACUGGAGACUGGGCUGAAGCCAGCGUGAAAGCCAACGCCAGCUACAAAUCCUUCAGUAAUGCUGUGGUGUCCGCUGAGGUGGGACUUCAUGUGGGGCUGUAUGGCAUAAACAUCACACUCAAAGGCGACCCAGUAUUGCAGAUAAAUGAGACCAUUGACUACAACGAGAUCUUCAGGUGGUCAAGCAGCGUAGAUGAGCAGUACGAUGACGCGCUGGAGCGAGGUCUUCCCAACCCCAUCCUUUACAUCGCAGAGAAGUUCACUCGCAACAGCGCCUGCGGCCUCAUCUACCAGUACAGAUACUCAGGCCGCUUCGCCUCAGCCAAUCUGUGGACGGCUUUUUGCUGCUGGCUAGUGGCCAAUAUCCUCUUCUCAAUGCCUGUCAUCCUCUACGCCGGUUAUAUGAUGAUAGCCACGGCCACUUUCAUUUUCUUCUCCAUGGCUUCCUUCUCAACUAUAUUCAAUGUGAUCCCAUGUGACUUCAGUAUAGGUGCAGAGUCCUUAAAGACAGAUUACAGCCAUUCCUUCUGGAUCGCUUUGGCUACAGGUUUGCUGUGCGCUUUGAUUGGUUUGGUGGUGGUGCUACUGGACUGUCUGUGUCCUGCGAGGAUGAGGGAGGUGUUCAGUGUGGGUGUGGACAACGAGGAUGACGAAUGCCAUACUGGUGAAGGCUACCUCAACUCAGGCUUUCUAGAGGGAGUGAUCUAUGAUGACAGCACACAGACAGGAAAUGUGUCCUUGUCUCAGCCGAUCACUACAUUAACAUCUACAGCCACAUGA